AUGCUUUUUCGGUUUCCCCAUCCAGCAACUUUAGUUGGUCUGCUCGAAAUGGGUAGCAUGUAUCUGCCAGUAGAUGACGCUUGGCCACUCUUCCGACAACGUGCUGCAUCUACCUUUGAAAAAAACAACCGCCGUCAAAAGCAGCUGCUCAUGAAACUCGCAAAUCAAGCUCUUGAGCGUUUCGGUGGAUCAGAUCAAAGGUUGGCUUUUGGUUGA